GUGACUGAAAAUGAAGACAACAAUCAUCAUCUUCGUCAGCAUCAUCUUCAUCGUAACUGUGAACAAUGGAAAGGUCAUCAUCCACUGCGAUCUGUUUCUGCCUUGGUGGAUAGCACUGAAUCAUCUGGAGAAAGCAUCAACCUCUUCAGCAGCUCUGACCGCAGCUGCCUGUCGACCAUUGAUGGAGAGUUAGUGGAUGUCACUUCCUCAAUCGUAUCCCAGAGUUCAAAGCUCCUCCCACCACUUUGUCGGACCCCCAGCCUGAAGAGAGACAGCUCACCAAUGGUGACCAGAAAGAAACCAGGUGUAGCCCCCAAACCUCCCCAUGUGGCUAAUACUCAGGGGGAUGACUUUAUAAUUGGAAAAUCAACAAAAGUUUAACCCUGAUCAUCGCUCUGUUGAAGCUGUUCAGACCUGUGGGGGAUCCUCUGGCCACCAGACGGACAUUUCUUCAGUGUGAACAAAGACAAUAUCUUAUGUGGCUACACAAUCACAAGGAAGUCAGCUUUGUCUGGUCACAAGGUUUUGUUUUUAAGAUUUACUGAAGCAAUUGAGGUUUGAUGUGUUGAUAUCAUGUGUCAGUCACUCAAAUGUGGCUAUCUUAAAUCACAUAUAGACUAACAACACUCGGCAAGAAACAAGAAGAGGCUACACGGAUGAUGUGGCUGACGGAUUCAUCAUUUUGGGAGAUUUUCUGUGCUGUGCAGCUCCUACAAAUAUUAAUAUACAGGGAUCAACGAAGGUUGCAUUUAUUAUCUUCAUGGAAAAAACACACAGGACCAGCAUCACCACACAUUCGGGUGCACCACUCUGUGUUUCAUGCUUGAACCACAGUGUUUUGGGAUACAAGGAAACUAUUGUUCCAGUCCAGGAUACAGUUUGAGUCCAGCGCUAUUCACUGGCCCUCAGCCCAGAGCGAGCUGAAGGUCCAGACUUAAAGUCGAUGACCAUAAAUAGAGAAGCAUCUUACUUGUGCAGACACAGAGGAUUAAAAGGAUUUUAUGGUGUAUUUAUUAUUAUAGAUUUAAUUCAUAUAUAAAGAUAUUUCUUUCAGUGUUUCCUAUUCAUUUCUUUUGGGACAUUUUUAUACUGCAGCUGUUUUGUUUUUAUCUGUCUGGCUCUGAGAUUUGUACUGUAGUCCUGUAUUUAAUAAUUUAUCAGAUGGGACUGACCACUUGCAUGUGUGUUUUCACAUUUGUAUUUGAACUGCUCUGUUGCCCAUGCAUUUAAUACGGAGAGAAAAUAUCUUGAAAGAUCAGCUUGUCUACACACGUGUAAUUACUGCAUAGUAACAGACAAAGCAGAUGUCUAGAGGUUUAAAGGCUAACAUUGACUGUUUUUUAAAGAUUCACUAAUAGUUCCUAACUUAUCAAUGCUCCAGCUUCACCUGCGUUAAAAAGGACCAUCACAAAACAUGCUUUUUCAGAUUACUUUGUUAUCCUAACAAAACAUAUUGAUGAAACAGGUCAUAUUAUCAUCCUGUGUUUAAUUUAUUUUAAAGCCACUAACUUUUUAUGACAUGGCAUAUCCAUGUUUGUAUUGCUUUCUUUUUUUGCUUGUUUUCUUACAAGCUUUUUCUUUCCCGUUAAUGUGUUAAUGCGUUAUUAUUUGCAUAUUCGAAUGUAGCAGAAAUCGGUGUUUUCUUUCUUUCUUCUAUUUUUUAAGGUAAAUUCUAAGUUUUGCAUCGUGUUGUUUCUUCCCUCUUAGAUGACAAAAAGGAAAAUGAGGAUUUGUCCCCAGACUGUGUUGAUGCUUCACUUCCUUAUUUCACAGACGCAUGACAUCCGUAGACACUUAUUGCAAAAGGUUCCAUUUCCUUUUUUAGAGUUUUAAGUUUGGACCUGAACACCACUCCAGUUUAAAUCAGUGUUCAUUCAUUUAUGUUAUGUUUCAUUGGUAUUCCUCUGGCUAAAAUGAUGUAAUACAUGUUGUGGAAAAAUGGGAUGAAAUAUAGAGCCACAAUCCUUUCUGUUCAGCUUCACUAACUGUGUUGUUCCUUCCAUGCACCAAUCCGAAAAUAACGCACACUAAAGUUGCAGUUUCAUGACCUUUUAAGAACUUUCCCCAGUAGCUCAAAAAUGUAAACGUGAAAGUCCUAUCAUGAUGUAUAAUUUACUGUUUUACAGUAUAUCAUUUACAGUUUCUGAUGAAUCUUUAAUUAUGAUAUUUUAUUUAUGUUGAAUCAUAAAUUAAUUUGAAAUAUUUUGCAGCUACAAAAAGUUCCAUCAAUAAUGUAUGAAGACAAAUCACUAUAGCGCAACUUGUACAUGUAGGUGUGUUUAUUGUGUAUAUUCUAUAUUAUGUAACACACAAAAAACCUCACCUGUGCAUUACCUGUAAUUUGCUGGCUAAGGACCAACUAAAGUAACAGGAUGUUAUGCUGUUUGUCUGUUGGCGCUUUUGUUUCCAGCGGAAAUCUUUCACAAUGUCUUUAAUGGUCAGUGUAAACAUGUAUGAAUAAAGAGGAAUACGUUUAAGUGUAAGUCCGAAAACAGAUUCACUGAUGCAACAAAUAGACAGAUGGGGGCGUGAAGAUCAGGUUUCACAUGCUAUAAAUACGCUGCAUGACCAUUAGGCAAUGAGCUCCGGCUGCAGCUGAAGAGUCACUUUCUGCACCAAGUGGAGGGACAAGAACUUAAGUGCAGUCAUGAGUCAAGCCUUGGAGAUUGAGAGCUGUGAUCUCGACAUUAAGAGCAACACCAGCAGCCACCAUACAGACCUGUGUGGACGGGAGCGUUUGAUUGUAAGAAGGGGACAGCCCUUUGAUAUCAUUUUACAUCUGAAACCGGGCCGCAAAGAGUUCAAGCCUUAUGACACAAGCUUCACACUCAUCGUUGAAACUGGUCCGUUACCCAGAGCAGAAUCAGACACCAAAGUUUCUUUUGGUCUGCGUGACCCCGCAGUGGACGGUGAAUGGAGCGCAUCUGCCUCUCAUGAUGCCUCCGGAAACACAGUUAAUGUUUCUAUCGAUUCCUCACCCAACGCCCCCAUCGGGGUCUAUUCUCUGACUCUGGACCAGGACGGGCAGAAGACCAGUUUAGGACAGUUCACCCUGCUUUUUAAUGCCUGGUGCUCCAGAGAUGCCGUUUACAUGCGCAGUGAGGCGAAGAGGCAGGAGUAUGUCUUAGCACAAUGUGGACAGAUCUACAGAGGAACACAUAAACGGAUCAAAGGGAGACCCUGGAACUUUGGACAGUUUGAACCAGGAAUACUGGAUAUCUGUCUGAAGCUCAUGGAUGAAAAUCCUAAAUUCAUCUCUAACGCCGACGAGGACUGCUCUGCCAGGAGAAAUCCCAUUUAUGUGACCAGGGUGCUGAGUGCUAUGAUCAACAGUAAUGAUGACAGAGGUGUGCUGGUGGGAAAUUGGGGCGAGAUUACUGAUGGGGUUCAUCCAGGAAAGUGGAUCGGCAGCGGGGACAUCCUUCACCAGUGGGCAGAAAGUGGCUCUGUCCGCUACGGCCAAUGUUGGGUCUUUGCUGCUCUUGCAUGCACAGUGUCCCGUGCCCUGGGUAUCCCAUGUCGGGUGGUUACUAACUUUGGAUCCGCUCACGAUACUGACGCCAACCUGAUGAUAGAAAACCUGUAUGAUGAAAACGGUGAACGAAUGUCUCAUGAUGAUUCAAUAUGGAACUUCCACGUUUGGGUGGACAGCUGGAUGAGCCGUCCUGAUUUGGGAUCAGAGUUUGAUGGGUGGCAAACCAGUGACCCAACUCCACAGGAGACAAGUGAAGGUGUUUUCUGUUGUGGACCGUCCUCUCUGAAGGCCAUCAAGGAAGGAGAACUGACCAAGAAGUAUGACGCUCCCUUUAUUUAUGCUGAGGUUAAUGCAGAUGUUGUGGACUUGGUGCGCCUGUCAAAUGGAGAGUUUGUCAAGUUUAGUGGAUCAACUAAAUCUGUUGGACGCUUCAUCAGCACCAAAGCUGUGGGCUCAGAUAAGAGACACGACAUCACACACCAGUACAAGUAUCCAGAAGGCUCAAAAGAGGAGAGACGGGUGUAUGAGAAGGCACAACACCACAACAAGGUCCAGCAGCGAGGAGAAGAGCCAGGGCUGCGUCUCAAGAUCAAACUGGCUGAUAACAUGAUUGUGGGAUCGGACUUUGAGGUGCACGCUGUCCUCACUAACAACUGCCUGGAAGCAAAGAUCUGCACCUUCCUGUUCUCCGCCAAAGCUGUUGGCUACAACGGAAGACAAGGAGAGAGCUGCGGAUAUACAUCGGACACAUUGGAGGUGCCCUCUGGAGAAGAAAGGCACCUAUCCCUAAAACUGGAGUACGACCGUUAUGGGUCAGUGAUCAGCCCCGACAGGUUGAUCCAGCUGUCAGCCGUCACCAUCGACAAGCAGAUUAUACAUUACCACAAGGUUGAGAAGACCAUUGUGCUGGACGAGCCAGAGAUAGAGGUCAAGCUGCUGGGAGAAGCCACGGUGAACCAGUUAGUGACGGCAGAGCUGACCAUGUUGAACCCUUUACCAGAGCCGGUACAGGACUGCAGCUUCACUGUGGAGGGGGUCGGCCUCACUGACAGCAAACCCGUAACAGUGAGGAUUGGAACUGUGGGCCCCUUACAGGACGUUAAGGCCACCGUUGAGUUCAGUCCCACGAGUGUCGGCUCCAACAUGCUGUUGGUCAACUUUGAUAGUGACAAACUGAAAAACAUCAAUAGUUUCAUUAAUGUUGUUGUGAAGGAAUAAGCAGGUGCCAACAUCUAAUUAAUUAAUUGGACCACAGUCAGUGAGAUUACAGCACUGAGACUAUAUCAUUGUUAAUAUACUCAUCCAUACAUUGUACUAGAACAUACCAUACUAUUAUAGUAUACACACAAUGAAAGUAUUUUCUUGAGUCAUUUCAUCAAGAAACACACGAUGAUCCAUUUCCAGUUACUGAGAAACAAAUUGACCACCAUUUAAAUGUAUCAAUAAAACCACUGCUACUAAAACUUUGAGGAGAGCAUUUUGUUGAAGGGAGCAGUGCGUCCUCACCUCUUUUUAGGAAACAUUUUGUCAUUGAUGAAGAAAAACAUCCCAUAAACUGACUACGAAUAUACAUUUAAAAAAUAUAAAUCUUGGUGGUAUUUGUUGUUUUGUGGUGUGUUGAGUGAAAAUAAACUCUCAGUGGAAAGACAUUGUAUUUUAUAUAAUUUGGUAUCGUGUCUUCAAUAAAACCCUAAAAUGUA